AUGAAAAAUGUCAGUAUGAUUACUGAGUUUGUCCUCCUGGGAUUAUCCAGUGACCCCCAGAUCCAGACCAUGCUCUUCGUGCUCUUCCUGGGGAUUUACCUCCUGACCCUGGUGGGGAAUCUGGUGAUGAUCCUGGUGAUCAGGGUUGAUCCCCGCCUCCACACACCCAUGUACUUCUUCCUUGGACACCUAUCCUUCCUGGAUCUCAGUUUCUCCUCAGUCACUGUGCCCAAGAUGCUACAGAACUUCUUAUCUCAGAAUAAAAGCAUCUCAAUGUGGGGAUGCAUCACUCAGACCUUCUUUUUCACUCUCUCUGGGGGAACAGAAGCUUGUCUGCUCUCUGCCAUGGCCUAUGACCGCUAUGCUGCUAUCUGCCACCCUCUGGUCUACACCAUGGUCAUAAACAGACCUCUCUGUAUUGUGAUUGUGAGCAUAGCAUGGGCAGUGGGAUUUCUGAUUUCCUUGCUGAAUAGUCUCUUCAUCCACAAGUUGUAUUUCUGCGGGUCCAACAUCAUCCUCCACUUCAGCUGUGAGCUACCUCCUCUCUUUCCUCUGUCCUGUACCGAUCCCAUUGUCAAUGAGAUUCUUCUUGCGGUGUCCUGUGCAUUUCUAGGGCUGCUGACGCUUCCCCUGAUCCUCUUCUCUUACUCCAGAAUAAUUUCUGCCAUUCUGAACAUCCGCUCCUCUGAGCGCCAAGCCAAAGCCUUCUCCACCUGCUCCUCCCACCUCACCGUGGUGCUCUUGUUCUAUGGGACGGCUCUAUUCAGGUACAUCAGCCCUGCCUCAGGCUCAGUGUUGGAGCGCGUGGUCUCCAUUCAGUACAGUGUGAUCACAUCCUUGCUGAACCCCCUCAUCUACAGCCUCAAGAACCAGGAGGUGAAGGCUGCUCUGCAGAGGAUGCUGAAGCAACAAAAGUAUGCCUCAUGCGAUUGUCUGGCAUACAACGAUCGGUUAUUAAAUGUCGGGGUAAUUAAUGAACCCGUGUGCAAAGAACCCCGUGGGAAGCCGAGGGCCGGGACCGAAAAUGGUCAGUCAGGGAGCCGGCGCGGGUGGGCAGCCACGGUAGGCGGGAUCCGGCGUCCCGGGGCGGCGGGCGCGGAGGUCCCCGGCUCUACCGGCCUGAGCGAUGGGGGGCGUGGGGGCCACGCCGGCGGCUCGACGAAGCGGAGGGCGGAGGGGAGGGGCCGGCGGCGCCCAGGAGGGAGGCACGGGCGGCAGGCCAAGCCGACCGGGGUGAGUGGGGCCGAGCAGCAGUUAGUCGCGGCUGGAGGGAGGGACGCCCGGCUUCCCGGGAAGGCGGGUGGGGGCCCAGUCACCCACGGGGCGGGGAGGAGGAUCGACGCGGCCUCCGGUCGCUGCCUUAACCGGGGGGUUGGCCCCACUGACAUUCUGUGUCCGGCCUUCGCCCAGGCUUCCCCGUCCCCAGCGUCGCUGUCAGGCCCCGCGGUUCCCACCGCUGUCACUCGGGCACAGGUUACCCCGUGGCUCCUUUCUCUUGACUUGCUCUUGCCCCAGUUCACGGGAAACCUGUUUUCUGACCUCACUUCCCCUGCCCCGGCUCAGCCUCUCGGAUUCUCUGAAAUCUGA